CUCCGGGCGCCAUGUUGGCUGAGCAGGCAGGGGGGAGGCGUCGUCGUUGGCAGCGGUGAUCGCUCCGGGUCUUCUUCUCUCCCUCUUCCUCCUCCUCCUCCUCCCCCCUUUCCCCCCCCGCCCCCCGACGUCGCCCACCUGCUGACCCUCCUCCCGCCUGCCCCUUCCUCUCCGUCGCCGCGCACCUCGCCCUCCCCCCCGGUGGCUGCCGCUGCUGCGUCGGAGCGGGGCGAGGGGGCCGCUCCCUGCUCCCGGCGGCGGCGCACCAUGAGCGCCGGCGGGGGGCGGGUGUGCGACCUGUCCCGCAGGAACCCCCAGGAGGACUUCGAGCUCAUCCAGCGCAUCGGCAGCGGCACCUACGGCGACGUCUACAAGGCUCGGAAUGUUAACACAAGUGAACUGGCAGCGAUUAAAGUAAUAAAAUUAGAACCAGGCGAAGAUUUUGCUGUUGUGCAGCAGGAAAUCAUUAUGAUGAAAGACUGUAAGCAUGCAAACAUUGUUGCUUAUUUUGGCAGCUAUCUCAGACGUGAUAAACUGUGGAUUUGCAUGGAGUUCUGUGGAGGCGGUUCAUUGCAGGACAUUUACCAUGUAACUGGACCUCUUUCAGAGCAGCAAAUUGCUUAUGUUAGCAGAGAAACAUUACAGGGAUUAUAUUACCUUCACAGUAGAGGAAAAAUGCACAGAGACAUAAAGGGAGCAAAUAUUCUUUUAACUGAUAACGGCUAUGUGAAAUUAGCUGAUUUUGGAGUAGCAGCACAAAUAACAGCUACAAUUGCUAAAAGGAAAUCUUUCAUUGGAACACCAUAUUGGAUGGCCCCUGAAGUUGCUGCAGUUGAAAGGAAGGGUGGCUAUAAUCAGCUCUGUGACCUAUGGGCUGUUGGAAUAACUGCUAUAGAACUAGCAGAACUUCAGCCCCCUAUGUUUGACUUGCAUCCAAUGAGAGCACUCUUCCUAAUGACAAAAAGCAACUUUCAGUCUCCCAAGCUAAAGGACAAAAUGAAAUGGUCAAAUAGCUUCCACCAUUUUGUGAAAAUGGCACUUACAAAGAAUCCUAAGAAAAGACCCACAGCUGAAAAACUAUUACAGCACCCUUUUGUUACCCAGCCCUUGACCCGGACGCUUGCUAUUGAACUGUUGGAUAAAAUGAAUAAUCCCGAUCAUUCCACCUAUCAUGAUUUUGAUGAUGAUGACCCUGAGCCUCUUCUUGUGCCUCAUAGAAUUCAUUCGACAAGCAGAAAUGUGAGAGAAGAAAAAACACGCUCUGAAAUAAACUUUGGCCAAGUAAAAUUUGAUCCACCUUUAAGAAAGGAGACAGAGCCUCAUCAUGAGUUUCCCGUCAGUAACGAUUUUUCGGACAGUUCAGAAGAAAUAUACUACACUGCAAGAUCUAAUCUGGAUUUGCAACUAGAAUAUGGUCAAGGUCCCCAAGGCAGUUACUUCUUGGGUGGAAAUAAGAGCCUUCUAAAAUCAGUCGAAGAAGAACUGCAUCAGCGGGGACAUGUCGCACAUCUGGAAGAUGAGGAAGAAGGGGACAGUGAUGACGCUAAACAGACAAUACUGGAGUUUGGAAAAAGACAAUCAAGGAGAACAAAUGUGAUUCCCCAGCAAUAUGUAGGGAGUCCAAUCAAUACCAUAAACCCAAACUCUGGCUCAACUAUGAAGGCUAAAGUGCCACCACCUUUACCGCCAAAGCCUAAAUCCAUCUACGUACCACAGGAGAUGCAUUCUUCUGAGGAUGAUAAUCAAGGAACCAUCAAAAGGUGUCCUGUUUCAGAGAGUCCUGCAAAAUCAAACACUCAAGUACCACCCAGACCACCACCACCUCGGUUACCUCCACAGAAAUCUAAUGCUUUAGGUAAUGGAUUGAAUUCUGUCCAGACAAAUGGCGACAGAGAAGGAUCUCCCCAUCAAGAGUCAAAUGAGAAUAGACACACAAAUCUCUCUAGAAAAGAAAAGAAGGAAGUUCUGAAACCAAUUAGUAACGGUCUUCCUCCUACACCAAAAGUGCAUAUGGGUGCUUGCUUUUCAAAGGUUUUCAAUGGAUGCCCCUUAAAAAUUCAUUGUGCAACUUCAUGGAUAAAUCCUGAUACAAGAGAUCAGUACUUGAUAUUUGGUGCUGAGGAAGGGAUUUACACCUUAAACCUUAAUGAGCUCCAUGAAACAUCAAUGGAACAGCUAUUUCCCCGACGGUGCACAUGGCUGUACGUUAUGAACAAUUGUUUGCUAUCAAUAUCUGGUAAAGCUUCUCAGCUUUAUUCCCAUAAUUUGCCGGGCUUAUUUGAUUAUGCAAGGCAAAUGCAAAAGUUACCUGUGGCUAUCCCGGCGCACAAGCUUCCUGACAGAAUACUCCCCAGUGAUGACACCCAUGGCGGACCGCACCCCCCUUCCUCCGCCACUGUUGGUGCUUACCUGAAGCAUAGAUUUGCGAGGGUGUCUAGCAGGCACUGGGUUGUGACAAGGAAGUUUGCAGUGUCAACCAAAAUUCCAGACACAAAGAUGUGUCAGAAGUGUUGCGUGGUGAGGAAUCCUUACUCAGGACACAAAUAUCUUUGUGGGGCCCUGCAAUCUAGUAUCAUUCUAUUAGAGUGGGUUGAGCCAAUGCAGAAAUUCAUGUUGAUCAAGCACAUAGACUUUCCUGUACCUUGUCCACUGAGAUUGUUUGAGAUGCUGGUAGUACCUGAGCAGGAAUUCCCUCUAGUUUGUGUCGGUGUGAGUAAAGGGAAAGACUUCAACCAGGUGGUGAAGUUUGAAACAGUCAACCCAAAUUCUACCUCUUCAUGGUUUACAGAAACAGAUACUACACAGACAAACGUUGCGCAUGUAACACAAUUGGAGAGAGACACCAUUUUAGUCUGUUUGGAUUGCUGUAUAAAAAUUGUAAAUUUGCAAGGCAGAUUAAAAUCUAGUCGGAAACUGUCCUCGGAACUCACAUUCGAUUUCCAGAUCGAAACAAUAGUUUGCCUACAAGAUAGUGUUCUGGCUUUCUGGAAACAUGGAAUGCAAGGCAGGAGUUUUCGAUCAAACGAGAUUACACAGGAAAUUUCCGACAAUACAAGAAUAUUCAGACUCCUUGGCUCUGACAGAGUUGUGGUACUGGAAAGCAGGCCAACAGACAACCCGACAGCCAACAGCAAUCUAUACAUCUUAGCAGGCCAUGAAAAUAGUUACUGAGAAGCAAUAUGCAUGGAGAUUGAAUCAUGAACAGAGAAACACUACUGCUUCAACACUUUUGGAUGGCUGAAAUUGCACAAAAGCUGCAGUACCCCCACUUCGGUUACUUUGUAAUUUAUUGUGAUGUAUGAGAGAGUGAGUGAGAGCAAGAACUCUUGCCUGAAUGAUACGGACCCGGUUAGCACGUUAAUACCACAAAAGUGCUUGAUUCACCAUUAUGUAAUCUUUGUACAUAUGCAGAAUUCCCCCCCCCCCCCGGUGAAACGUAUUGCUGAAAGCCUCUCUUGAGUUAAUGUAGAUAGUGGUCAAAUGUCUUAUCUGUAUAAAUGUAAAAAGGUUGCUGAGGACAUAAAAUUGCAUUUGGGGUACUAUUUUAAGGACUCUUCAAGAAUUGGAUGCUAGCGAUAAACACAGCACAUUUAAUAACACUAUUGUAUUUUAUUAUGUAAUUUACUAAUACAAAUAAACCUUACCUUUUUAGACAUUGUAACCAAGGCUGCAAUCCUAUUACGAUCUUGUUUUUAAUUAUAUGCAAGUACACUGGUGUUUUUGGUUGCACAAAGUAUUAAUAUGUGAUGUAUUUAGUCACAAACGUAAGCUGUGACACUGUGAAUAUGAUUUGGGCGUUAUAAUUUUAGGAGUUUGGGGUAGUUUUCUUUGUGAAACCAGCCAGUUGAACACCUGUAUUUUUAUAUUUAAGGAAAAUUCUUUAAUUAUUUUCUGUGCUUGGGGGCGGGGGAGUACAUAUUUUGGAAUGGGAAUAAAUCCUGAAUAGUGGUACCUUGCCGUAACUCUAAAUGUCUGCAAUGGUAAAAUUAGCAUUAUUAUAAUAAGUCUUUGUUAACCAGUGCUGCUCAUAUCAUGCAAAAAAACAAAAAACAAAUCACAGCAUUCUACAUCAUGGAAGUGGUUGAAAUACUUUGGGGUGGAUCCAAAUAGCCACCUGCAAAAGUAUCCUGUUCCGUACUUGCAAAAUAUUCCUUAGCACUUGCAUUAAGAUGAAAGUGUGCAUUUUCCUUAUUAAGAUGUUGAUAACUGACUUGGAAGGACAGAACAAGUUAACAUCCACACUGAAUUGCCAAUGUACCCAUUUGGAGCUGCAAAGCUGUUCUGCGGUUCUUAUAGGAUAACUUUGUACCAUAGGAUCCCAUACCGGUUCCUAAUUUCCUUACAUGGUGGGAUCUUGUAGAUUUCAAGCUCUGUUCCAGGGAACCCCAUAAUUCCUUGGAUGCUUCGCAGGGGGCUUCUACCUGAGAUGAUCGGUAAUAGCGGAAAGCAUUCCUGAAGGACAGCAUGCUUACCCCUAGUGAUUUCCCCCUUGCCAUGAGCAGUUGCAGUGUGUAAGAUGGGCAGCACUAAGGCCCAGUCAGUGUGCCUAGCUAGCAGCCGUGUGUUCACUGAGUGUGCAACACAGUGCCCAAGAAUCCUUUGCAAACAUGCAGAGCUUCAUCAGCAGACAAGCUGAUUUCUCUCAAUGCAGGAAGCUUGAAAUCUGCUGCCAUAAGAGGUUGCACAUACAGAAUAGCUGUUCUAAAUAGAAAAGAGAGUUGUUGAAUGGAAUAAUUGUCUUAAUUUGGCCUGUUUGGGGCUUUUUUUUUGCUUUUAUUUUUUUUAAUGGCCUUAUUUUCACUUUUUUAAAAUGUCUUAACACCCGGCCAAAUGAUUUAGUUACUACCUCACGCAAAUGAUUUAAAUGGUUUUUAUUACACAUCACAGGAAUUUUAGUUUUGAGGAAACCUAUUUUAGAUUUUUUCCCCCCAGUGCAGUAUGUGAAUGCCAAGUUUGAGAAAAAUGCACAUACUGGCGCUUCUUUUCUUUUCUUUUUUGGUAUAAGUUCUUUAUACAGUACUGUGAUAUAGACUAAGAACAAAACUACAUUAAAAGUGAUUUAUGGUCUGUAUUGAUGUUCUUAAUGCUUUUGAAUAUUUCAUAAUGUAUAUAAUGUAAAAUAAACUUUUUUUAACAUG